CGUCCACGGUGUCUCCACCACCCUCGGCUCCACCGGCCACGGUGUCUCCACCACCCUCGGCUCCACGGCGGUUAAGCAUUGUGAUAUCCCACACAGGCCACACACCAGAUCAUAGACAUUACGCCCUUGUCCUUGCCUUGUCGCCAGAUUAAUCGUGUUAAAAGAUCCAACAUAAAGUUUCAACUUAAUAUCUUGUAUAACCAGGGCUCCUGUGAUCUGCAAUUCGUUGCAAGAUCAAUUGGGUUGGGAUCAUUGAUGUCACUCACAUGUCUAUGCACUUGUUUGCUGAUCGCUAACGUUUGUAGCGUCAAUCAAUAUAUGCAAAUGUGUUCUCCAGGUUUUGGUGGCACUCUUCAGUGUCCCCACUGCGACUUCAGCUGUUUGGGACAACAUCGUCUGGACAGACACUUGAAGAGACGACACGGCCAAAGCGUGAACGGCAGAUACAAGUGCAAGUGGUGUUCUUAUGUCACCGACUAUCCCAGUCUAAUAACACGGCACCGAAGGACUCACGCGAAAGAACGGCCGUACCGCUGUGAAGUGUGCGGCAAAACGUUUGCUCAACAAGUCGGUCUGACCGCUCACCGUCGUGUGCACACCGGUCAGAGUCCGUACAUGUGUGAUAUCUGUUGGAAGGUGUUCACACGGUCCUGUGCCCUGGCGAUGCACAGACGUGUCCACGUUGGCGAGAAGGUCCGGCAGUGUGAGCAGUCUGGUGCCGUGUGUUCAGCUACAACUAACGGCAAAAAACACAAGACACCCGGUGUCCGUGUGAAGCCGCAUCAGUGUCAUGAAUGUCGAGCCAGAUUUGUUACACGCGCAGAUCUCACUGUACACAUACGAACCCAUACCGGGGAGAAGCCGUACCGCUGCUCCAUUUGCCCGGCACGGUUCGCUGAGCGGUCACAUCUCGUCAGACACAUGCGGACCCACACAGGGGAGAAGCCGUUUGGCUGCUCCAUUUGCCCGGCACGUUUUGCUCAGCGAUCGACUCUCAGCGGCCACAUGAGGACCCACACAGGAGAGAAGCCGUUUGGCUGCUCCAUUUGCCCGGCACGUUUUGCUCAGCGAUCGGCUCUCACCGUACACAUGCGGACCCACACAGGGGAGAAGCCGUUUGGGUGCUCUAUGUGCACGAUGCGUUUCUCUUGGCGGCCAGGCCUCACCCGCCACAUGCGAACCCACACAGGGGAGAAACCGCACGGCUGCUCUAUUUGCCCGGCACGGUUCGCCGAGCGUAAAAGCCUCACCAACCACAUGCGUAUCCAUACAGGGGAGAAGCCGUUUGGCUGCUCCAUUUGCCCGGCACGGUUCGCUCGGCGCUAUAGCCUCACCUUACACAUGCGAACUCACACAGGGGAGAAGCCGUUUGGCUGCUCUAUGUGCACGAUGCGUUUCUCUUGCCGGCCAAGCCUCACCAGCCACAUGCGAACCCACACAGAGGAGAAGCGGUUUGGCUGCGUCAUCUGCCCAGCACGGUUCAUUCAGCAGUCAGACCUUAUCGUACACCUGCGUACGCACGCACACGAGUAGCGCCCGCACAGCUGCUUCAUCUCGCGGCACGUUUCUCUGCUGGGCCAGAUCUCCCCAAACCCAUGAGGAGCCACUCAGUAUAGCGACCGUGCGGCUGCUCCAUCUGACUGGCACGGUUCGCUUUCCGGUUAGGCCUCACGGGGAGCAUGCGAAUCUACACAGGGGAGCGGCCGUUCGGCUGCUCCAUGUGCCGGCACGAUAUUUGGAUUCAUCACAUCUCAAAAGUCACCCGCUGUGUCAUACGGGCGGCGGCUUCAUUGUCGUCCAUCAUAAACAAUCCUGCUGAAAAAGGUUCACAAACGCAUCAGCUCUUACCGCACACAGGCGGAGGCAUAAUAAACAACGCAGUCAGAAUCUUUUUCGGCUACGAUAGAUUUUGCAGUGCCUUGGCUAUGUAUGUGUCUGAAGGUCUCGAUAACUUUGAUGUCAUGUUCCGAAAAGCAGCGUGGUGUUUCGUGCAGCGUUUAUAUGAUUCGACAAAUAUCAUUAUCAGUGUAUUGGUUAAAUGUGACAUAGGGUGGCACUCACCCUUUAGAGUGGCAUGGAACGCUGCUCUGAUAGCGCCUUGAUAUGUGAUGUUUGGUAGAAUUGGACCAAGUGUCUGUAAAUACAAAGUUCUCUCUC